UCGGGCCUGUCUCCAGGGCUGGCCCCAGAGCAAAAUGAAGGAGGGAAGAAAGGCGGAGCUAGAGAACGAGAGGCCUGUCUGAGAAAGCUCAGUGCGCAGAAGGCUGGUGACCAGGAAGAAGAACAGCGCUUGGGAUAAGGGAGGAGACGGGCUGUGUGUGUGUGUACCUGGACGUCACCUCCCCCUUGCCAUUCCCCGCCAGAGGUCUAAACAAGCCCCUAGCCGGGGCCCUGAUGGCGGCGGAGGGCUAAGACCUCUUUCUUUCCCUCCCUCCUGCUGCCAUUUCUCCGCCAGAACUGCGAGUGUGGGGCAUUCGGAGGGGAAGAGAAAGAGAGGCAGGCAGUGGGUCCCUGGGGCAAGCCGACUAGGGGCUGAGCUGCUUAAUGUAGGGUAGGAGAUUGGCAUGAGCUUCCUGAGCUGGGCUCCUGCUUCUGAGGGGAAGCCGGAGGAGAGCCGUCGCUGUCGCCCGUGGCUGCCAUUGUGUCUCUAAGGAGGAGGAAGAGGAGACACCCCACUUCCCUUUGGGGAAGAUGGGGAAUUGCCUGAAAUCCCCCACCUCGGAUGAUAUUUCCCUGCUUCACGAGUCCCAGUCGGACAGGGCCAGCUAUGGGGAUGCGACUGAGCCGGAUCAGGAGCCGCCGCCGCCAUAUCAGGAACAGAUUCCAGUUCCAGUUUACCAUCCAACUCCUAGCCAGACUCGCCUCGCAACACAACUUACAGAAGAGGAACAAAUUAGGAUAGCGCAACGAAUAGGCCUUAUACAGCACCUGCCGAAAGGAGUCUAUGAUCCAGGAAGAGAUGGUUCUGAGAAAAAGAUCAGAGAAUGUGUGAUCUGUAUGAUGGACUUUGUUUACGGGGACCCUAUCAGAUUCCUGCCAUGCAUGCAUAUUUACCACCUGGACUGUAUAGAUGACUGGUUGAUGAGAUCUUUCACAUGUCCUUCCUGCAUGGAGCCAGUGGAUGCGGCACUGUUGUCCUCCUACGAAACUAACUGAGCCAGAGCUUCUCUCCUGACCUGUCAAGGAAACCAUCCAAUUUAAUGGGGUUUGAUCCUUUGUCAUCUACCCAAAGAACCAGGGAUUAGGAAACAAAAUCAUGCACAAUAAAAGCUCAAUUCUUAAUAAUUUUAAGAACAAAAAAAUCCUGAAUAGCUGCAAGUACUGACAGAGGGAGGGAGGAAGAAACACAUUUAUAGAAUAUAGAAAAAGUAGGAAGUUAUUUUUAUGUAAAGCCUUGACCUCCCAUGCUUAAAAAUAGUUGCUCCUUAAGAAAAGCCUGUUAAGCACACCCAUUCAGAGGAACUGUGUAAAUAAUAGUGGAAAUUACAAAUUAAAUUGUGUGGACACAACCCACCAGGAAGUUUCUUGCUCAGGCAUCUUUGACAUGAAUGACAAGAGUACUACCGGUGCAUAUAUGUGAGUGAGUGAGCUCAUACAUACUCUUGCUAAAAAGGAGAAAGGGAUGCUGGAAUAUCCUUUGUCCUAAAGAAAAUUGCAUUUUUUUGUUCAGGUUGCUUCACAAGUUCCUGGUAUUUGGGUCGAUGCUCUAUUUACAAAAAAAAGCUACAUUUUAUAACACUGGCACAAAAUAGUUUUACGCUUGUUUGCACAGUUUUUUUAUUCAUUGGAAAUGGAAUCCAUUUUGCCUUAGGUCUUCUAAAAUAGUGUAUUAUUUUGGGGCUGGCUCUAUGCUUGAAAACCAGUUUAUUUAUAACCUAUUAUAAAAGUGCUGUAUUUUGUUUGCAGUUAGGAUUAUGUGGACUUUGAGAAGAUCUCCUAGCUUGUAAGCAAACCUGAGAUGCACUCUUUUCUAUAUGAGAUAUUUUAAUGUAAGGAUAUUUUAAAAAAAUCAGAACACAAGUCAGUGUUUGCCUUCCUAGCUUUUUCUUUCAUUGUUUCCUUUCUAAAUAGAUUGCAGAAUUAAAAUACUAAAAUUGAUCUUAACCCUUACCAAGCUAAAACAGAGCAUGAGUAAAGAUGAAGGCAAAAUAAAGAUUAUCCCAAACACACAAUUUGUUCUGGUUGCCUUCCUUCAAAAAGAUUCAUCUUGGAUCAUAUAAAAAGGAUACUGCAUCUCUCAUUCUUGUAAUUCGUAGAUUCUCAAGGCCAUACUGUGUCUUGGACUCUGUAUUAAGUAUGUCUUUGGUAUUCUGUUGGCUGGCAUAGCGGUCUAUCAGCAGAUAUUAAAAUGUAUAUAUUAUGUUUUGUACAAAAAUGCAAAAUUCGUAUUUGGCAAAGAAUUACAUAGAACUGAUCAAGUUAGUGAUCUACAGGUGGCAAGGGCUGUUCCAAGUAUUUACAUUUGAGACUAGAAAAAAAAUCGCUAUGUGCUUGACAGAGGCAGUCUUGCAAAGAGGGUAGCUGUAAAAAAAUUAUCCACUUAGCAUGUGGAGGUUUGUCCUCUUGAAAUGUUCUUUAAUGUGACUUUAUACUUUUGACUUAAAAGCUUAUACAUUGAAAAGUCUUAGUAUAGCAUGAGAUGCAGGUUCUAGUUAUCAACAAGGACUGUUUGAUUGUUUUGACUACAUGAUUCUGAGAAACUGUAUUUGAACAAAAUACUGCACUGAAGGUUGUACGCCUAUAGUUUAGAGCCAUUACAUGUUAAAUAAUUUCUAUAAAAUUGGCAGAAUGCAAAAAUCUCCACUACCUUGCAGAAGAUGCUUUACAAGACACUGUAUAUUAUUUCCAUUCAAAUGCCCCAUUGUGCAUAGUGGUGUACACAUAACACCUGUGCAAGCAACCUUCCCUGUUCAUUUUUGUGAACAGGGUAGAUUAGAGAAUGCUCAGAGCUGUCCCUAUAACUGAAAACAGAGAAGCUGGGAGGACCUUCUGCGUGCGCAUAGGAAUCAACAUACCUGCAAAAGAUUGCUGACUUGGGAUGAGAAGCUGCAGUCCUCCAAAAUAGUGCCACAGAAGCCAGAUUAUACCAGCGUAAAUGGUGCACUAAUUGAAGAAAGCAGUUAGCAGUGUAUAGCCUUGGGUUUAUUUACAUUUCUACAGCAAACCUUUUCCAAUUUUUGCCUUUUUAAUUCAGCUAUUCUUAAUUACAGGAAGUAAAUCUGAGAAAUAAAUAUGAAGUUGUGCAAUAUUUUAAGUAGAAAACCAUACUACCUUAUCAUUCCAUGUGUUGCUCUCCAUAUAUGUUGAUGUCUGUGUUGUCGAGUAUUAUAGCCAGUCUUUUCUUCUUUUACCUUUGGAUUGUUAAAUGGCAAAUGAACAAUUUUUUAAACACCUUUUUCGUGUUCAUUGUUGUU